AGUAAACUAAACCUCCACAAGACAACAGAAUCCAAUUUCAAAAAAUACAUAUAAACGAUCACAACUUUCUCCAACAACUGCCAAACAAGCUUCAGUCGUUGUUUCUCAACAGACUUGGACUCUUCAACCCAUACCAAUCCAAUUCAAUUCAAUGGCGUACGUUAGCAUGGGAGAAGCACACAGAAGGAUCACUGAUUACCUCAACCGCUUCUCCGACGCCGUUUACUCCCAAGACGUAGUUUCACUCAAGCUUCUCUUUUCUUUCUCUUCCAACACUCACUUUCUCCUCCCCCUCGCCGACGCUCUCAACGUCUUCCAGGACGCUAAUAGAUUGAUUAAACAGUCCGAUAAGUACUCUCAGUUUGGAGAAAUUAUAGUUCCGCUUUUUCGUUCUCUACAAAACUAUCGAAUUGGAAACUUGGUUGAUGCCUAUCACGCCUUUGAAAAAUCUGCCAAUGCUUUUCUUCAGGAGUUCCGGAAUUGGGAAUCGGCCUGGGCUUUGGAAUCAUUGUAUGUCAUUGCUUAUGAGAUUAGGGUUCUUGCCGAGAGGGCUGAUAGAGAGUUGGCUGCCAAUGGAAAGUCCCCUGAGAAGUUAAAGGCUGCUGGCUCUUUUCUUAUGAAAGUCUUUGGGGUUCUUGCUGGAAAAGGUGCAAAACGUGUCGGAGCAUUAUAUGUGACAUGCCAGUUGUUCAAGAUUUACUUCAAGCUUGGUACCGUUCACCUAUGCCGUAGUGUAAUAAGAAGUAUAGACACUGCUCGUAUUUUUGAUUUUGAGGAAUUUCCUAAACGAGACAAGGUCACUUACAUGUAUUAUACGGGCCGUUUAGAAGUUUUCAAUGAAAAUUUUCCCGAUGCUGAUCAGAAAUUAUCAUAUGCCUUGACGCAUUGCAACCCCAGGAGUGAAGCCAAUAUAAGGAUGAUAUUGAAAUAUUUGAUACCAGUGAAGCUUUCAAUAGGCAUCUUACCUGAAGAGUGGAUGCUAGAGAAGUAUAACCUGGUUGAGUACAGCAAUAUUGUGCAAGCUCUAAGAAGGGGUGAUCUCCGACUUCUUCGACAUGCUCUCCAAGAGCAUGAAGACCGGUUCUUAAGAUCAGGGGUAUAUCUUGUGCUGGAGAAGCUAGAACUCCAAGUUUUUCAAAGACUGUUCAAGAAAAUUUACAUCAUCCAAAAGCAGAAAGAUCCUAGCAAAGCUCACCAGAUGAAGUUGGAAGUAAUUGUUAAGGCAUUGAAAUGGCUGGAGAUGGACAUGGAUGUUGAUGAGGUGGAAUGUAUAGUUGCCAUAUUGAUACACAAGAAUCUAGUUAAAGGAUAUUUCGCUCACAAGAGUAAAGUGGUGGUCUUGAGCAAGCAGGAUCCUUUUCCGAAAUUAAACGGUAGACCGGUCAAUUCAUAGAGCUGGCGAAGGAGUUAUUUAGGAUGCUAAGAUGUACUUUGUGUAACUGCAGUAGACACUGAUGUAGAUGUAGUAAUAAUAUUGGCUCAUAUAUAUUUGUGCUAUACAUAACACCAGGCAUUGUUGUAUUAGUCAAAACAAACAUGUGCGUUUUUUUGAGAACACUAGAUUAUAAAUUUGGUUUCAUAGUAAUUCUUUUGAAUUGGAGAACUCGUUUAUGAAGAGCUGUAAUUUCUGAGCUGAACUGUUCCGAAAUCCCAAAUUACUAAUUUACAAAUUUUUUGGCUUUU